AUGCUUCACUCUCCUUCUCCACUGAAAACAGCACUGGCUUAUGAGUGCUUCCAGGACCAGGCCAAUUCUACUCUAGCGUUGCCCUCGGAUCACAAGCUGAAAACUAGGGGGACAGGAAAACAAAGGGUCCAGGAGCAGGUGAUGAUGACGGUGAAACGGCAAAAGCAAAAGACCUCCCUUUCAUCAGCAUCGAAUGCAGCAGGCCACUCCAACCGAGGUUCCAUGUACGAUGGUCUGGCUGAUGGUCACAGCUAUGGAACAGCCCGUGGUUCCUACUAUGCCAAAGCUCACACAGGGAGCAACAACUGGGGACAUGGGCUGUACAAUGGAACCCUUAAAAGAGAAGCCGAGAACAAACGCUACAGCUCCUACAGCCAAAUGGACGGCUGGGGCAGCCGGAACUACAACAAGGUCUGUAGCCCAACUGUUCCUGGCAGUGAUUACUGCCUUGUGCAGACUAUGAAGAGUAGCCGGAGUGAGCCAGACCUCUACUAUGAUCCUCCAAGAGGCACGCUGAGGAGAAACCAGAGUGGAAGCCGUGUGAAUCACAAGACCAGUAUGCAUCGCCACAGCCUCUACAACAGCACAAGCAACAACCAGCAUGGAAUUACAACUGCAACAAGGCCAAACAAAGUAGUUCCAGUCCGCAGCCCCUCUUGCACCUCUGCCAGCAUGGUCUAUGUACAGCCUGUUGCUAGCAGCAAGCAGGAUGCAGUCUAUGGACAGGUUAACUCAAAAAUAGUCAAUGAUGAGAUGGAUUAUGGAGCAAUGACUAUUCAGAAAGCCAUCCAGUUCCUGUGUUCUUCAGAUGAGAAGUACCAUGCCAUGGGGGCUUACUACCUGCAGCACACCUGUUUUCAAGAUGAAUCUGCCAAGCAAGAGGUCUAUCGGCUUGGUGGCAUUUCCAAGCUUAUUGAGCUUCUCCGCAGCCCAGAUGAGAACGUGCAACAGGCUGCAGCUGGGGCCCUCCGAAACUUAGUUUUCAGGAAUCCAACCAACAAGCUAGAAACCCGCCGUCAGAAUGGAAUUCGAGAAUGUGUGAGCCUCCUGAGAAGGACUGGGAGCACAGAGAUACAGAAGCAGCUGACAGGAUUGCUCUGGAACUUAUCGUCCACAGAUGAACUGAAAGAAGAUUUAAUACAUGAAGCUCUUCCUGUUCUGACUGAUCGUGUUAUUAUACCUUUUUCUGGCUGGUCUGAUGGUGUUAGUACUAGAUCAAGAGAAAUUAUUGACCCAGAGGUAUUCUUCAAUGCCACUGGCUGUCUGAGGAACCUGAGUUCUGCAGAUGUUGGACGUCAAACCAUGAGGAACCACCCUGGACUGAUUGACUCUGUAAUGGCUUAUUCUCAGAACUGUGUGGCUGCCAACCGGCCAGAUGACAAGUCUGUGGAGAACUGCAUCUGUAUCCUGCACAAUCUGUCCUACCGCCUUGACGCUGAGGUGCCUAAUAAAUACACGCAGCUCAACCACAUGGCCAGGAACAGUUACACAGACAAAACCCUGACUGGCUGCUUCAACAACAGAGGUGGAAAGCUGGAGUAUGAUGACUAUGACCUACCUCUUCCUGAAGAGGACUAUAAACCCAGAGGGUCCAGCUGGUUGUACCAUUCAGAUGCCAUCCGCACAUAUCUGUCUCUGAUGGACCAGAGCAAGAAAGAUGCUACUCUGGAAGCUUGUGCUGGAGCCCUGCAAAAUCUGACUGCAAGCAGAGGACUGAUGUCAAAUGCAAUGAGCCAGUUGAUUGGUCUAAAAGAGAAAGGUUUGCCCCGUAUUGCACGCCUUCUGCAGUCCAAUAAUGCUGAAGUAGUUCGCUCUGGAACAUCCUUGCUGAGCAAUAUGUCUCGACACCCUAUUCUACACAAAACAAUGGCUAAUCAGGUGCUCCCAGAUGUGACUCGUCUCCUGGCCCUCCAGGCUCCAGGUUCCAGCAACUAUGGGGACAUUAUGACAUCUGCUUGCUACACACUGAGAAACCUAAUCAUGUCCAACCCACAAAUGGCUAAGCCCUACCUGACAGGCAGCUUGAUAAAUAAUGUUGUAGGCCUAUGCCGUAAUGGAUCUUAUCCAAAAGCAGCUGAAGCUGCUCGGAUGCUGUUGUCUGACCUAUGGUCAAACAGGGAGCUCCAAACUGUACUAAAACAGCAAGGAUAUGAUAGAAAUAUGAUGGGAUCCUUAACAGGAAGCACUCUCAGGACCCUUUCUUCAAGGUUCUAAGAAGAUACCUUUCCUGCGUGUUUGGCUUACAGACUUUGUGACUCUUUUCCGCCUAGAGGCCUCUGCCGUCAAGAAAUUGUUUGGACAUUAACAUACACACAGAGAGAAUGUUGCCAGAUUUCAAGACACUUGUAAAACUAGGUACAAAAGCUGUAUUGCCUGGCAUAUCUUAAAAUGUUCUAAUGGCUGUUUUAAAUAUUUCUUUCAUUUUUUCUGGGGAUAGGCUGGGAGGCUGGAGGUUAAUGGUACUUGAUGUCAAUUGUUAGUAUUUUUUAAAACAAACAAACGGGGGCUUACAAUUUCGAGAGGUACAAUGAAUAAGUUAGAAACCUACCUACCAACUGAUGCUAUGCUAGGAAACUUUUAAGGAGGUAGCACCUAUGUAUGUAUAUAUUUAGUGGGUGUACGUAUAUAGAGUGGGAGAAGUGGAAUUCCAGUGUCACCAAAGGCAUUUGGGUGCCAUUCAGUUGUCUAACAGUGCAAUUCAAUGUUUGUUUAUUUGGAAAACUGAGUUCACUGGGGAUUACUCCCAUGAAAAUGUGCACAGGAUUGCACAACCUAAAGGGUUGGGAGUCAGCCCCAUUGAACAUAGUGUGGUUUCCUUCUUAAUAACCAUGCACAGGAUAGUGCUUUAAGUCCUUUUUAUUCCUCAUUUUCAACAAAUUAUGUAAAAUUACUAAUACCUUAUGUGUUUCUUUCUUUGCCAGUGGUCAUUCUACAUAGAUAAUUAGUAUAGAGCUCCUGUUUUAGAUUGCUGAAAUUAUUUCUCCCUAAACUUUACUGACAUCACAGAGUUUCUUCUGCAUUCAUCUUUUUUUUGGGGGGGGUGAGGGUGUGGGCACCAGUUCUGCUUUCGUAUUCCAUUUUAUGGCUAAGCAUUUUUCUCCCUAUAGGUCACUUAGUUUCCAAAUCCCAAGAAGCAAAUUCAUGUCAGAUAAAUUUCUCCUGAACUGAUUCUUGAUAGUUUUUGAAAACUUUAUUUUUAUACUAUAUAUAAGUAAUGGAUUGUGUGGAAGACCCCCAAGGUCUUACUAAGGAUAUAAUCUACCACAAGCUUCUAUGUGGCUUUUCAAAAAUAUUUGCUUUACCAAAGUCGGAUUCUUGCUAUUUCAUAAAUCCGUCAGCUGAACAAGUCUGCCGAUAUAUACUCAGAAAAAAGAAAAAUAGACGUGAUCUACUCUUUGAGAAGUCCUGCCAUGUUCACUCAGUAGCACAAACAAUUUCCUCUCACCCAAUGGAACUUUCCUCUCCUCUCCUCUCCUCUCCUCUGCUCUGUGGGCCCCCAAGCCCCCUUCACAGGGUCUUCCAACCCUCUGAAGUAGAUUCUGAAGAUGCGGGGGGAGGACAUAGAAUUGGAUUGGGGGUGAAGAGAAAAGGAAAGGGAAACGCUCCAUUGUGAGAGCAGAAGUCUUCUGACUUCACUUUGUACACAGAGCCUUCUCCCAAGGCUCAUGAGUAGGAACCAAAAUGAAAUUACAGUGUUUAACAAGUAGCUAUGAAAUUGAACUGUUUCUUGUCAGACCAUUUUAGAAGCUUGGGAGGAAAGGGGUGGUGGUUUUCAUUUUUAUUUUAUUUUUUAAAAAAGAAAUAUGUUCAAGCAGUUUCUGCUGGAUCUAAAAUGGAUUUGCCCUAUGCUUUUCAACUACCAUUUCAGUCUUCACACCUCAGAGGCAUCCUGUCAUAGGUUUUUGUACAUUUUUCAGUGGUGUGUUGUAAUACUCCUGGGGUGGUUAUGGCAUUUUGUAGAGGAGCUUUAGCUUGGGCAAAUGGUGCGUCGUUAUUCAGUGAUAAAAGUACAUUUAUGAAAGCAAGUUGCUGUGUCAUUCCAAAUAAACGACAAAGAUAAGUUAAUUCAAAGAAGUUGAGGGCGGGAAAGUUUCCUGUUCCCUCCUUCUCCCUGCAGAUAUUUGCAGUCUCCAGGUGGGGAACUCUCCAGAGGAUGGGGGACUCUCCUGCACAUUGUAGAAUGACGUGCAGGGGAAAAGGAGCCAUCAGGCAGCUGAGAGAGCACAGACCUAGGGAAGAAGUGAAGUCUUGGAAAGGAGGACUGGGACAAGGAGUGGUACAGAAUAAUGGAGAGGAGUUGAGAGGAGUGGAGUUGAGAGGAGUGGAGCUGAGAGGAGAGGGAGGAAUCUAAGAGGAGAAAGAAACUAGGAAAGAGAAUGGGCAGACAGGAAGGUUGCACAUGGCCAGGAACUGUAGAAAUGAACAGUGUUGCAAUUUACCUUUGAAUGUACCAAUCAAAUGUAUCGGCAGUAGGUUUCUGGAUUACAUGUGCUUUAUCUCAUCUUCAUCAGUUUGAUUGGUUCCAAGUUUUCAGAGGACCCUCAGCAAAAUCAACUCCCUCCUAACUGACAGGGACAUGAUGCUGAUGUUUAAUUUCCCACAAUGCCUAUGUUGCAUCACUCCAUGGUAUUGUGGGAAAUGUAAAAGUGGUGCCCAGUGUUGAUUUAGAGUCCUGGCUGCUGGGGGGGGUGUAGAUGAGGGGGCAGGCACAGGUCACAUGUCAUUAGUAGGCCCUACCAGAGUCAGGUCCCAAGAAUUGCUGUGUGGUGAUGCCAGACCUGGUCAUGAACUACAUUUUUAACAUUUGAUAUUUUAUAACGACAAGCUACUAAUAGUCUUAAUAGUGUUCAUAUAUGUAAGCAUAAAGUGUGUGUCUACACAUACACCAGAUUUGUUAGCAGAAUGAUUAGCAGAAUGAUUAUCAUUGAGUUAAUAGAAGGCUUUGGCACAACUAGUCAGUUAUCAGAUAAUCAAGAACUACCUGUCAUCUGCACUUGCCCUCCAUAAACCAGUUUUGUCAAUGUUUGGCAUGUAGUAAGAGAAUCCUUACCACUGGUAUCGUUAUGCUGUUUAGCAAGGCAAAUUGAUCUUGGAGAUCUACGUGAGCAGUAAUGUCAAAUGCUCUACAAUGGCUCAUGAUCCCUGAUCAGCCCUCUUCUCCUAACUUAUUAUCCAGAGAGAAAUGGCUCCAGUGUAUAUAUCAUUUGCUAGCACGGAAUGGAUGGAUAGAAUAUUAUUUGCGAGGAUGGGCUGAACAUUUCUUUUGGCCCUGCCACAUGAGAAGCAAGAUGCAACAGGCUGAUGUUUGCAUAGGACAUGAGUCAUGUAAAUAAAUGCUAGAGCCUGUUAUGACCUCAAGAUAGCAAAAAGUGCUUUCCUUAUUAGGGCUUGCUUUGUUUUAUGCAUUCUAAAAUGCUAGUCAAAGGAUGUCUUGGAUGUCCAAUGCAUCAUUUCAGAAGGCUCAUGGGCACAACUAGAAGAAAUGAACUUUUGCAAGCUUACUCCUCUGUUGUCUUAAUUUACUACCUUUUAUUACCACCCAUAUCACUAACCCAGCUAUACAAAGUAUUCUGUAAUAUAUAUGUACAAGAAUCCCAUGUCAACUUUGUUUUUUCCUGUACUGUAUGUGUAUUUGCUUCAUUGGAACAUCUGAAAUCAAUAAAGAGUUGGGAGAUCUUUUAACUUUUCA